UCUCUCUUUGAAUUUUGAGUAAUAUUUUGUUAUUCAAUUUUUUUUUAAAGAAUCGAUCAAAUAACAACACAUAACCAAAUAAGAUUAAUUUACUUUACAGUCAAACAAUUUACAGGUUGAAUUGAGUUUCUAUUUGAAAUAUUUUCAUUGUAAAAUUUAAUCUCGUUCAAAACAAUUGAAAUGAUGACAAAAGAGAAAAGAGCCAAUCCAAUACAACUGAUGAUUAUGUUUUUCCAAACAAUCAAAUGGACCAACUGAAUAGAAAAAAACUUUCAUUGGAUUUAGAAAAACGAAAAUUUUAAACAUUUUUAGAGUAAAAAUGGAUUAAGUCAGUGGAUUAGCCGAUAGCCAAUACAAAGUGAUUUUGCAUAUAUUCUUUGUUUUGUUUUAUACCAUCUUCCUGGUUAAAUUACCACCAUCAUCAUCAUCAUGCCUGCUCUACCCAAUGUUUAUAGUUAUUACCCUAAACAUAUCUUUGAAUCUUCCAUUCCAAUAAACUCUCUCACCUACAAAUGCCUUGCUAAAUUGGCUACAAUCGAGAGCUUGUCAACUGGCUUUCCAUUGAAAAGUGAAGUUAAAUUAGCUUCUCCACCUUCAGUUACCGUUUCAUCUUCUGAAACGCUUCACACAACAACAUCAGCAGCAACAACAACAACAACAAUAACAACAACAAUUAAUGACACUACCACUACUCCAACUGGUGCCUCUCUAGCAUCACCUUUACCAUCAACAUCAAAUUUUCCAUCAUCAUCAUCAUCAUCGUCAUCAUCAUCAUCAUCAUUACCACAUUCACCCUUUUCAUCAUGUUUACCUACACCAUUAUCAUCAUCAACUGUAACUCAAUCAUCUUCUUCCAACCAUGAUUAUAAUGACGAUGAAAAUAAUACUGAUGAUGAUGAUGAGGAUGAUGAUAAUGAUGAUAAUGAUGACUCUCUAUCUCCAUCACAAGCUAUCCCAGCAAACCCAUUGGGUGAUUUUCAAAAUACACCAAUCAUAAUUAGACAAUAUAUUGUUGAUUAUGUUACCAGGGAAAGAUUACAGAUCAGUUGUCAAUAUCUUUGUGAUUUACUUUCUGAUGGAGGAUGUUAUUCAAUUGAUCUGUGGGAGUUGAGCUCCUUUAAUCAAUUUGGUGAAGCUGAAAUGAUGAAAAUUUUUUCCACAAUGAAUCAAAAUUGUUACAAUUUACGUCAAUUGACUUUGGGUGGACCAACAUGGAUCUACAAGUCUCGAGUAGUUAAUGGUCCAAUGAGAAACCUGUUUAAAGAAAACACUCUAGUUAAAUUACGAUGCCUUAAAUUGCAACAAACCUCUUCACCCGAGGAGCUGAUCACAAUCUUCUCAUCUUGUCCAAAUCUUGUCAGAUUAGAGAUAAUUCAACCAUCAUUGACGGAUAAGCAAGUUACUACUGUUUAUAGAGAAUUACAGCAGACAGAAUAUAAUAAGGUUCGAAAUUCUCUUCGUGACCUUCGAUUACCUUCUUCGGUUCAUGUAGCCGGUUUAAUCAAGAUGAUCAACUUAUUUCCAAAUUUAGUCUUUCUUAAUUGCUGCCAUUAUGAAGGUGUUUUGGAAGCAAUUAAAAGUGAAAUGAUGACCAAACAAAUUUAUGGAGAUUAUGAUAUUUUACAAUUACAACAAGCAGCAAAUAUAUUGGAAAAUUUGAGAGGCCUUACAGUUACCAGGCCAAUGGGUCGUGAUGCGGUCAAUUCAUUGGUCACCUUAUCACCUAAUCUACAAGAAUUGGUUCUUGAAAUAAGCGCUCACAUGUUACUAUUUCCAAUAGCGGAGUUAAAAUAUUUGGCACGUUUGGCUUUAUACAAUUCACAAAGUUCUCCGGCUUCAUUUCUCCAACAAGUACUACCUCUUUUGCAGCAAACUGGUGAUAAUCUGCAAGCCCUGGACUUGGAAGGAUUUGAUGUUGUUGACCUUGCAACUUGUGCCCGAUAUUGUCCCAAUUUGAAACACUUUUCCGGCGGAUGGUUCACAAUUUUAUCCUUUACCCAAGCAACCACAGGUUUAACCAUUUCCAAGCAAGAACGAGCCAACCUGCGUAGACCAUUUUCACACCUUCAAACUUUACGACUUCGACCUCGAACCCGACACAAUGUGGGUGUUAAAGCGAUCGUCUAUAUCUUAACCAAUGCUAUCAACAUUGAAUCUAUUGAACUUUACUCAUGUCCUGAUCUCACCGAUGAACAACUAAUUGGAUUGAUAAAAAAUAAUUCUCUUCGUAACCUUCGAUCCUUAAUCUUACGACAUGGACAUUUCUUAUCUAAAUCUUGCCUUAACCAAUUAGUACAUUCUCUGGAUAAUCUUAGUUUCCUUGAUUGUGGAGCACCAUUGCUCUCCAAAGCUGAGCUUAAUUGAAAACAAGGAGAGAGAGAGAGAGAGAAAGAAAUGAUAAUUGAUGAUUGAGUGUUAAGUGAUUAAAGUUCUGAUUGUAAAUAUUU